CCAUACAGCUUCCUACGGUAGUGACCCUUAAUAACCAUAACAACAACAACAACAACAACAACAAGAGGACAAAGUCUUGGUGGGAUACACUCACUGCUGAUAAGUGUUUUAUAUGUCACUCUGACUCGUCGUUUAUAGUUUUAUGUAGAGCAAGGCCUGGGGUUUCAUCACAAUGAAUAUACCAACAACAUUGUUCCACCUAAUCAUAGCCAUUCACUAUGGAUAUGGCAUAAAUGUGUAUUUGUUUGAACUAAGCCCCCCAAAAGACUUUUUGGAACUGAGGAAAAUUGGUGGUGGACCAUUUAAAUACCUUACUUUCUGGGAUAUGUUGCUGCAGUUCUCCUACUUCACAAUAGCAUUUCUGAAUGACAUUGUUGGAACCAGCACAACCAUAGUGAAGAAUCGCUCAUCUUUACAGAAAGUCUGUGAUCUGUUUUUCUCAACUGUUGUGUUUGCAGUUGGUUCAUUUGUUACCAUCUCAUUUUGGGGUUUAUACAACAUCGACCGCAACCUUAUCUUCCCACCGGAGUUUGACAGUUGGUUUCCAUUGUGGUUGAACCACAACAUACACACCACACCGUUAGUGGGAGUCCUGAUCGAACUCUACUUUGUACCACACAUAUUUCCUAGACGGAAAACGGGCCUAGGAGUGGUGGCAGUGCUCGGCUUGCUGUAUCUUAUAUGGGUGUGUGUGAUUGCUUAUCGAAGUGGCCACUGGGUUUAUCCAAUCUUAGCAGAUUUGCCAGUGGUUGGACGUGCAGUGUUUAUAACAAUCAUGGCUAUGCUCAUCAGCUCAUUUUACAUUUUGGGUGAAGUUUUGAAUAAAAAUAUAUGGGGAGUGGAACUACACAACAAGAAGAAGAAGAAGAAGAAGUAGAAAGGAUGCAGAGCAUUAAGUUAUUUAUAUCUUGAGUAAAUAAAAACAGAUAUUAAUGCUAAAACUGUCCAAACGUAGGGCUACAUUCGCACGCGUAGCGCUCCAAACAUAGACUUACGUUCGAUUUUACAUUGUUUCUUAUGUAAAAAAUGCAGAUCUACGUUUGGAGCGUUACGUGUGCAAAUGUAGAUCUAUAUUUGGACAGUUUAAGGGUUAAAGUAGAUACUCAAGUAAAGUUCAUGUAGUCCUUGUUAUACCUCAAAGAUGUACAGUAUUACUUAAAAAGGGCGGCUUGAAAGUAUCACAACGUAAAGGUUUCUUGGACUUAUAUGACUUUGUUAUUGUACACUGUCUUAUUUCUUAGAAAUUCCAUAUAUAUUAUAUACAUUCCCAUUAGUAUUUAUGAUGUGUUUGAGCUGCUACAGGCCUGAAGCGCUUGUGCAGUAUAAAAUAAGGGGCAUCUGUAAAGCAAAAUUUUUAAUUUCCCAUUGACUUAAUGAGAGAAAUAAGAAGACACUUUCAACAAAGACAUCUUUUAUUAAUUUGAUGUUUCACCUACUGGAGGCUUUAUGAUAAAGCUCCAAGGGGGUGAAACAUCAUAGUAAUGAAAACUUUCUUUGCCCUUAGUGUCUUUUUACCGCCAGUUUUCGCUUAAUAGCCAUUAGUAUUUUUUGGUACCGUAGACAUUUUUAGUAAAACGUUUCUGAAGUGUCAUAAUAUUGAGAGGUAUGUUUUAUGUCAGGGGCCAUGUCUAUAUGCCUGUUUUGGCCCCUUUCCGUAAGAACAUGUCGAAUCCAGCUCUGGUCUAGUUGUCUUUAGACACAUGUCAUUUUAAUAUGGGGAUUAUUAUUAGGAGACUGAUAUGACUAAAUGAAAUGUGAUCUUUAUUAUAAAAGAAUCCAUAUAAAACUUAGUAUGUGAUACAAAGCUCUCUCUCUUGUAGUGUUAUACAUAAGAGUACAUGUUGUCUGGAACUCAGUAAUCUAGAGUGAGGAAUUGUGUUUAAGGGUGAGUGCCUAAAUCUGCACAGAAGAGUGUAUGAAUCUACUCAGUGCUGUGAAUAUACUCAGAGCAAAGGAGGUGAACCUACUGCCCUGAGUUGGACCUUACUCAGAGUGAGUAGUGAGAACCUACUCUGAGCGAGUGUGGGAACCUGCUCAGAGCAAGGGUGGUGAACAUACUGACUACCACUGAGUGGUAAGCGGGCGUCAGGUCGAUCACGUGACUGAGGGAGACGUCAGUACCUGAACUGCUAUCCGGCUCUGUAAUUAGUGGUUUCCCGCUACAUGACAAUAACAAUAUUAUGAAUGCCUAACAAUAUAAUAUAACAAUAUUACCAAUAACACACAUAUA